CACCGCAUUUAUCCACUAUUUUUCUAAGAUGUUAACAGUCUGGUUUUAUUGUUGGCAUAUGCACAGAAACCGUCCGUUUAAGCUGCACCAAAACAAACUGUCUGAUUUUACUUCAAAUAAAUCCAACUCGAUAUAAUUGAAACAGAACAUAAUGGAAUUUUCUUAGUACAGUUUUUUGAAUGGUACUAUUCUGCAUUCCCCUCAAUUUCAUCUUCUGCCAAUCUUUGGCGUUGCUUUGCGAAGAAUUGUCUCGACUAGCAUCAUUGGAAGACAGUAGUACAAUGGUAGAAACCAGUAGCAAACUGCUUACCGGAACGUGGAUCUCAGAAGGAUGUGAAACCAGGCCUGGUCCAGAAUAUGUUCUUCGCUAUUACACCUUUGAAGAAGAUGGAGCAUAUCAACUCGUCCAACAUCACUACUGGGACGACUCUUGUUCCUCCCCUCAAUUAUCUAUUCACUCGAACGGAAAGAUUCAAUUGCACAGUUCACUGGUACAACCUGGAGCAGCCGCAGGAAAUGCCAAAGUUACCAAUAUUAUUGUUAUCCCUCAAGGCGAUACGGCUGUUAAAGAACUGAAUCGACGAGUUUCAACAGAGUGUCCAGG